AUGUCGGGGCUUUCCUUCAAUUUAUUAAAAAUUACUGAUCCACGAUUUCGAUUUGGUAGAAUAAAUUUUUCGACAAAUAAACAUGAAAAAAUCUUGGAUACACCAAAUUGUUUCGUAUCUACAAUCCGAGGAUCGGUACCACAUUUAACACCAGAUAAUUUACAAACUAUUCCGGCAGAUGUACUGGGGAUCACUCUUGAGCAUUUCCUUGAAGUACAACCUCCACCUUCAACACAUUUUGUGGGUGGAAUACAUAAAUUUUUGAAUCUUGAAGAGUAUUUGUUGUUUUUUGAUGUUCGAGACUCGGAAAAAUUACAUGAUAUUGCGUUCAAUACUGAUAAAUAUGUUUCAGUUGUUACUAAUCAAGGAUGUCGUAAAGAAGGGAUUCAAGUAUUUGGAGUUGUAACUGGACAUGAUAAACAUGAAGAGCGAGUAAGAUCCGCUAGGGAAACAGCAAAGAGAAAUGUAGCCGGCUUUGUCCUAAAUGGGUUUGAUCCAGAUAUGACAUCAAAAGAACGUUUGGAUUUAAUGAAAGUUUCGCUCAAACACCUACCCAAAAAUAAGCCUCGUGUAGCAUGUGGUCUCGGAGCUCCAGAAUAUGUUCUUCUUGGCAUUUUCGAGGGAGUUGAUAUAUUUAAUACAAGUUAUCCAUCAGAUAUGACAUCUUUAGGACAUGCUCUUACGUUUUGGUUAAUUGACGAUGGGAUUCGAAAUGGACAAGAAAAAUUCAUAGAUCUUUGGAAUGAUAAAUAUCGAACAGAUUUUAAACCAAUUUUAGAUGGAUGUAAAUGUUAUGCAUGUCAAAAUCAUACAAGAGCAUAUAUUCAUCAUUUAUUAAAAACUCAUGAAAUGCUUGCUACCGUAUUAUUAAUGAGUCACAAUUUAUUCCAUUAUUUACAAUUCUUUACAAAUAUUAGAAAAUCUAUGAAACUUAAUACAUUUACAAAUACUGCUAUGCAGUUUAUUAAGAUGUAUGGCAUUGAUGAUAAUGAUGCCA